AUGGCUUCCUGUACGUUUACGAGGCAAGUCUCUCACUUUGGGAUGCGGUCCAACCCAUCCAGCCAAAACUCCAGAGAGGCUUCUCCUGUUCCAGAUCAUGAGAAAUCCGUCGGAUCUCCCUUGCGCAAACGGCAAACAGCCACGAAAUACUCGAUUGCCAAGGAGACGGACACUGAUGAUGAGAAGGAGAACGUCCCGAACAGCGACCCCGACUCUCAAGAAUCCUUCAGCUCCUCCAGGCAGAACAAGGGCAUGGACAAGAAUUAUACGAGCACCAUCUCAAACGAGAACGAGGGAAAGGACAACGAGAACGUGUCUGAUUCCGAGAACGAAAGAGACCUCACUGCCUCCAAGGCUCCAGAAGAUGAGAUCAAUGGUGAAGCAGACAAAGACACAUCCAUUGUUGAAGAAACUCCCCCCAAGGCUUCGAACAAAGUCUCGCCCGCGAAAGAUUUUGAAGAUACUGUGCCUCUGAAUGUUGGUGAGGUUCCUUUUCUACCGGGAAACUUUUCUGCUCUCGAACCAUCCUCAGACUGGACAUCAGAUGUUCCGAGUAUCACCAACAUCAUGAACAGAGUGCAGGGCAUCAAUGAAACGGCCCAAGAGAUUGGCGUACGCAGCUUGAAGUUGCAGAGUGAGAUCAAUACCGUGAAGAAAAUAGUUAGCAGCCGCGCUGAGAUCGAUUCUGAGCAUGAAAAACUUAUGAAGGCAAGGGAGGCUGAGCUAUCAGAUCUUCACAAGUGCAAAUCUGACUACGAGGUCGCCGCUGCGAAUCUGAAAAGAGCUCAAGAAAAAUUUGAUGAAGGAGAAAUGUUGCGCUCGGCAACGAAGUUCCGGAAGGAACAAAUGGAUUCCACGAUUGCUGAUGCACGAGCUCGUGUAAGCGAGUCUUUGAAAAGCCUCAAAGAGAUUGUAUACACAAUUUUCGGAACGAAUUCAUAA